CUUUUCUCAUGUGGGCUGUCAUUACCGUGUCGAUCGUCCCGGCCAAAGCGGCCCCACCCAAAUGGAUCGACCUGUCUCACCCUUUUGUUGAAAAUGAAACCAUUUACUGGCCUGGUGAAAAACCGUUCCAACUAGAACUUGGAUAUCAGGGUAUGAUUACCAGGAAUGUAUUCUUAAGAUAUUUCUCAUUUGGCGCCGGCGAGCAUGGAGGUACACACAUCGAUGCACCCAACCACUUCAUCGAAGAUGGGAUCCCUGUGGACAAAAUUAAAAUAAACCAGGUGGUUGGCGACGGAAUUGUUGUGAAUAUCUCUUCAAAGGCCGAAAAGAACCCCAAUGCUGAGCUUGAAAUCAGCGACUUAGAAGACUGGGAGAAGAAACAUGGAAGGAUGCCCGACGAGCCAGUCGUGUUCCUAUACUCGGGUUGGGGAAAGUUUUAUCCUGAUAAAGUCAAGUACUUUGGAACAAAUUCUACAAACGAUUUCACAAAGUUCAGAUUUCCAGGUCUUCAUCCAAACGCUGCAAAGUGGUUGAUCAAAAACAGAAAAAUAAAACUCUUUGGUCUUGAUACGCCUUCAUUAGAUAAAGGUCAAAGCCGCGAAGAUGUUCCCACCCACAAAGUCUUGCUAGGAUCCGGAGUUCCUGGAAUAGAGAAUGUCGCCAGCCUACACCGUCUUCCUCCAAGGGGGUUUGAAGUGUUUGCUGCGCCUAUGAAGAUCAAAGGUGGUAGUGGCGGCCCUUGUAGAGUGUUUGCAAGGAUUGCAGAAAAGGUGGAUGUCAAUGCGGCUAUGCAUGCUCGUUCAUCGUCUGUCAUUGCUGGUUUAGUAUUGGCAAUGGUUUUGUAUGUUGCAAGCACAACAUGAAGAAUUAAUAAAGUCAUUCUAAAAGAUAGAAAAAAUACGAGC